AUGGCCGACGAAGAAGACUACUCUUCUCUCCCUCUCCCCGAGAGAUUUGCGCACAAGGUCUGGAAAGUACGGAAAGAGGGCUACGAAGCGGCCAAGAAACAAUUUGAAAUAUCUCCAGAUGAAGACGCUCCCGUAUUUCGACCGUUCCUACAAGAUCCGACCAUUUGGAAGGGCGUCGUCGCAGACACAAACGUUGCCGCCCAGCAGGAGGGUCUUGCUGCAUACUGCUCCUUUCUGCAAUAUUCAGGGGCCCAGGCCUGUAAUAGAACACGCUCUGUUACUGCCGCACCCAUAAUCGAGAAGGGCCUUCCCCAAACCCGCCCCGCAGCAAAAGCGAGUGCGCUCGAAGCACUGUUGCUAUUUAUUGAACUCGAUAAACCUGAGCCAGUUAUUGAAGAGCUUGUCGCUGCCCUCUCACAUAAGACCCCCAAGGUCGUGGCCGCCGCUCUAUCAGCCCUUACCUCUAUAUAUCACAACUAUGGAAUCAAGAUAGUGGAAACAAAGCCGGUUCUUAAAGCUCUGGCGAAAGUCUUCAGCCAUGCAGACAAGAACGUGAGAGCAGAAGCCCAAAAUUUGACGGUAGAGCUUUACAGAUGGCUCAAGGAAGCCCUCAAAGCUACCUUUUGGAACGACUUGAAGCCGGUACAGCAACAGGACCUGGAGAAACAAUUCGAAAAAGUGAAACAAGAUCCCCCGCCAAAACAGGAACGGUUUACCCGCACACAACAAGCGGCCAUGGCUGAGGCCAGUGCAAAUCCUGGCGCUGAAGAUGGCAUGGGCGAGGCUGAAGGUGACAACCUGGAAGAUGACGGUGAAGUCGAUGUCUUUGAUCUAGUUGAAGCGGUAGACAUAAUUGCAGCCGCGCCAAAGGACCUUCACCAGAAUCUAGCCUCAUCCAAAUGGAAGGACAGGAAGGAGGCACUGGAUGACUUAUACAAGGUCGUUAACGUCCCCAAGAUCAAAGAGGGCAAUUUUGAUGAACUAUGCGGUGACCUUGGCAAAUGCAUGAAAGAUGCGAACGUCCUGGUAGUGACAGUUGCAGCGAAUUGUAUCUGCGCGAUUGCAACUGGGCUUCGGAAAGGAUUUGCCAAAUACCGCUCCGUUGUGAUGCCGCCAAUGAUGGAACGACUAAAAGAGAAGAAGGCUACGGUAUCAACUGCAUUAGGCCAGGGUUUGGAUGCCGUGUUUCUAUCAACAAGCUUGACCGACUGCCUGGAAGAUAUCCUUGGGUUCCUAAAGCAUAAGAAUCCUCAAGUGAAGCAGGAAACCUUCAAGUUCCUAGUCCGCUGUCUACGAACUACCAGAGAUGUACCUUCAAAGGGGGAGGUAAAAUCAAUAGCUGAAGCUGGAACAAAACUUCUCACAGACUCGAGUGAAGUCACUAGAUCAGGAGGCGCGGAAAUCCUGGGAACUCUCAUGAAGAUUAUGGGUGAACGUGCAAUGAAUGUAUAUCUGGACGGGCUAGAUGACAUUCGAAAGACCAAGAUCAGGGAGUUCUUUGAAACGGCAGAGGUUAAAGCGAAGGACAGACCAAAACCCAUAAUCGGUCCACCAAAGACUACCGCUACACCAGCAAAGAAACCAAUGGGUAAGAAGCCGUUGGGCGUUAAGAAGCCUGCUCCAGCUUCUGCUGCCGCCGCUGCCCCCGCCGCCGCUCCAAGCGAACCUCCAGCGUCGCCAGCACCUGCAAAGAAGGCCGCCCCCAAGAUAGGAGCUCCUCGUGGCCUUGCCACUCCUGGCUCUGGACUGAAACUGAAAUCCAAACUGGCUGGACCAGGCGGUGCUGCUUCUCCGCAACGCCGCGUCGUUUCGCCCCCCAUGGAGGAUCCAGCAGCACUUCCUCCUCCUCCUCCCAAGUUUGGAAUUGGCGGUGGUGGUAGGGGACUAGCUAGUCGACCAAUAGGUAAACCAAGUGCACCUGUGCAGGAGCAACCAAUUGCUCAGAUCGCCACCGGCUUAUCUGCUAUUGAAAGAGCCGAGCUGGAGGAGCUUCGGGCGGAAAACGCGAGGCUAUCUAAAAUGACCGAAGAGCUACGAGCAGAGCGGUCAAGAUUAUCAUCUGAAGUCCAUGAACUUCAAAACCAAAACGCUCAGCUGAUAGAAGACCAUACCCGAGAUGUGCUAAGCAUCAAGGCUAAGGAGACUCAACUAGUUCGAGCACGAGGAGAUGCGGAAACUGCAGAACAAAGUGUUCAAAAGCAGCAGCGAGAGAUCGAGAGGCUGAAACGGGAGCUCUCGCGGGCUAUGAGGGCCGGAGCAACCAGUCCUCCAAUGACACUACCUGAUAUGAGCCUCAACAUGGGUAUCAGUGAUAACGGAGGCAUCUACCAAGAUGAUAUGCAUCGCAUUAACGGAACACCCUCUCGUGCUAGCCUUCAUAUGGGAUCUCGAUUCGAAAGCGCGCGGCCAAGAAGCUUCGUUUCAUCAAGUCCAAGCGAGGAAAAGGAAAACACAGGCAUGGUUUCUCCUGCUCUGAGCACCGGAUUCUCAGGCCGCAGAAAGUUUAGCCCUCCCGCUGGAUCUGCAUACUCUUCUGGCAGGGGUAGCCCGGCAAGAACUUCGAGGACCCCGACAGGUGAUGCGCCUGUGUCAAUCGAACCGUCAGAAAACUGGAAGAGAGCUGCUGAAGUAACAAGCCAAUUGAAAGCUAGAAUAGAGCAGAUGAAGACUCUCACUCUUCCCUAA